UGACCGUUGUUUCGAGUCGGUCGUAUUUGACGGCGGCACCACCACCGUAGAACAACGUUAACCAGCAGCAAUGGCUCCAAUCGGUUAUUUUAAACGGACCACCCGCUUUUGGAUCGGUACAAUAACGGCCUCGUUUGCGUACUUUACUCUGAUCGUGUUCGCACCGGAUGUAAUCCCUUACGAUUGCCUCGGUCCGUUUGGCAGCCUGUGCAGACACCUGGUGUACUACCAUGCUGACCUGAUGUACAAAGGGUGGUGGGCUGCCGUUGCUGUGCAUGGCUUAGAAGCUCUUUACGCUUUGAAGCUGUGCAGAGACAAAGGCAUCAACCACCCGAACACUCGCUGGCGGUGGUUCAUCCAGACGUUGCUGUUCGGCUACGCCUCGCUCUUCCCGCUCAUUAGAUACAACCCGAAGCGCCACAAAAGGUACUGAACGCGGCCGGCGGAGCCUUCAGAGCGAAACAGCUGAACAUUCCUGGUGCCUUUUCCCCCUAGAAUGAGGGAAAACCGAUGAUAUAAACACUAGAAAUUGAAUUAGUGUCUCUGUUGUAACCUUUAAUUCACUGGUGCAUACAUUUUAACUACAUUCCAUCUAUUUUCUAUGAAGGAAAGCUGGAGAAAAUGUUUGAAUUGAUGUUAAAUUAAUAAUAUUGUUGACUGCCUUCAGAUAGAUUUUAUGUGCAAUACAACAGGAGUCCUGGAUCAAUUACUUUGUGCUCUAAUGAUGUUUAUAACAAGCCUGCGAGGUGCAAUAGAGAUUCCUCAACUGCUGCUCAGUCGUAACGUCAGGCACAGGUACGCUGCUGUCGGCCCGAGAGAAGAUUUUAAAAAAUGGGAGAUAUUUUCAUAUUACCUCAGUCACUCUACGGCGCUUUCGCUUCCUGUCGAAGGUGAUGAAAGUCUUCAAUAAAGACAAUAAUUUGCAAA